GAAAUAAUGACUGGCUGGGCUGCUGGGGCCAUCAUAUGAAAUCACCUGGCUUCAGAAUUGUCAAAGAACACCAGAAGUUGAACCACUUUCCUGGCUCAUUCCAAAUUGGUCGGAAAGACCGUCUGUGGAGAAAUGUGUCCAAAAUGCAACUGCGCUUUGGGAAAAAGGAGUUCAACUUUCUGCCCCAAUCUUUCAUCCUCCCACAAGAUAUCAAGCUUCUCAGGAAAGCUUGGGAAGAUUGUGCGGGUCGUCAGAAGUGGAUUGUGAAGCCGAUACAUACAUAAGCCUUACCUCAUUGGUGGAAGUAAGUUUGACCUAAGGAUUUAUGUUUACGUGACCUCCUAUGAUCCCCUACGUGUUUACUUGUUCAAAGAUGGACUUGUUCGUUUUGCCAGCUGCAAGUACUCUUCUUCCAUGAAAAGUCUCAACAACAAGUACAUGCACUUAACGAAUUAUAGCAUCAACAAGAAAAACAUAGAAUACAAGUCUAAUGCAGAUGAAACUGCAUGCCAGGGCCAUAAGUGGGCACUGAAGGCACUUUGGAACUAUUUGACCCAGAAAGGAGUUGAUAGUGAAGCUAUUUGGGAGAAGAUAAAAGAUAUUGUUGUCAAAACCAUCAUCGCGUCAGAGCCCUACAUAAUCAACCUUGUGAAGAUGUAUGUGCGGCGUCCUUAUUGCUGCCAUGAGCUGUUUGGGUUUGAUGUUAUGCUGGAUGAGAACCUUAAGCCAUGGAUCCUGGAAGUCAACAUUUCCCCUAGCCUUCAUUCAAAUUCUCCUCUUGAUGUGAGCAUCAAAGGUCAAAUGGUCCGGGAUGCCCUUAACUUGGCUGGCUUUCAGUUGCCUAAUGCAGAAGAUGUGGCUUCACCUACCGGAAGUGCCAGCAGCUCCACAACCAGCUUGAACACUGUAAUGAAGGAAAAAAGCAAGCCACCUGUGGAGUUGCUGACUGCUGAGAAAGCAAAAAAAGCCUAUUACCUGACCCAGAAACUACCAGAGCAGGAAUUCUGCUCCACAAUCCUGGAGGUCCUGACUCCAGAUGAUGUCCGUGUCCUGAUAGAGACAGAGGAUGAGUACACUCGACGUGGGCAAUUUGAGCGAGUCUUCCCUUCACGCUUCUCCAUGCACUAUCUACGGUUCUUUGAGCAGCCGCGAUACUACAACAUCCUUACUACACAGUGGGAACUGAAAUAUUUCUUGAACAAAUCCAAAGGACUGGAUCUGCUCAGAAAUUGGUGUCACAAAGGUUUUCACAAUGGAACAGUAACAGAUUCUACAGUGUUGUGGACACUGCCAAGACCUCACCUGUAUUUGAAGAAUGAACUUAUAAAUGCCUUGAGCAAAGUGGACCCAGGCAGAAACAGCAAAGGCCCACGAGAUGGAGAGGAGCCAGUCCGAAACCCUGAGCCAAGUUCUUGCACUCAAAGCUUACCUCAGAUUAAGUACACAGUUGCAACUCUCAAGAAGUCUACCAUAUCUAAUGCCCUGGGCAACUCAAACGGGAUAAAGUGAGGUGGGACUGAGCAACAGGCCAACCUCCCCUCCUUUACAGUGUCAGGAGGGUGGGGUGCAUGUGACCUACCUCAGCAGAAGCUAGGAGAGCCAGUAUUGGAAACAUGGAGAGGACCUCACCUAAGGGUGCACCUGCGGAAAUAUAUAUAUAUAUUUUUUGGAAAUGAAAUUGGGACAAAGAGGAAACACUUUACUUGAUCAAAAGGGACAAAAUAUUCUGUUUAUAGUUUUUUAUGACAAAGUAAGUUUCUAAACAUAGAAGCUUGAAAAAACUAUUUAAUUUCUUGUAUUUUCUUGUCGUUGGCAUGUUCCUUAUUACUUGAGCCACAAGUGCCUCUCACUGUUAAAUGUUACCAUGUCAGUUUA